AAUGUUACGGUUAAUAUUACUGUAAACUCUAGUAUUGUUGUUGUUGUUGUUGUUGUUGUUGUUGUCACGAUUAUCAAUGUUCCUAAAACACUUUGUUUUUCUCUGCAGGAAACCAAGCAAUCCUGUCGUCCACUCCUCUGCAGCGUCUUUCCUCGUCUCUGAGCGUCCUCUGUCCUCGCCUCUGAGCGUCCUCUGUCCUUAACUCUGUGUCCUCCUCAGCUGUCGUCCACUCCUCUGCAGCUUCUUUCCUUGUCUCUGAGCGUCCUCUGUCCUCGCCUCUGAGCGUCCUCUGUCCUCGCCUCUGAGCGUCCUCUGUCCUUGUCUCUGAGCGUCCUCUAUCCUCGUCUCUGAGUGUCCUCUGUCCUUGUCUCUGAGCGUCCUCUGUCCUCGUCUCUGAGCGUCCGCUGUCCUCGUCUCUGAGCGUCCUCUGUCCUUAACUCUGUGUCCUCCUCAGCUGUCGUCCACUCCUCUGCAGCUUCUUUCCUCGUCUCUGAGCGUCCUCUGUCCUUAACUCUGUGUCCUCCUCAGCUGUCGUCCACUCCUCUGCAGCGUCUUUCCUCGUCUCUGAGCGUCCGCUGUCCUCGUCUCCGAGCGUCCUCUGUCCUUAACUCUGUGUCCUCCUCAGCUGUCGUCCACUCCUCUGCAGCGUCUUUCCUCGUCUCUGAGCGUCCUCUGUCCUCGCCUCUGAGCGUCCUCUGUCCUUAACUCUGUGUCCUCCUCAGCUGUCGUCCACUCCUCUGCAGCUUCUUUCCUCGCCUCUGAGCGUCCUCUGUCCUCGUCUCUGAGCGUCCUCUGUCCUUAACUCUGUGUCCUCCUCAGCUGUCGUCCACUCCUCUGCAGCUCCUCUUCUUCCUCAACAGCUGGUACUUUGCUGCUUAUUACGUGGCAGAGAUUCUCAUGUUCAUAUAUAAAGGGAUCAUGCUGCCGUACCCGUCACAGAACCUGGUUCUGGACGUGGUUCUGCUGGUCCUCUUCGUCGCUCUGGAGACACUCAGGAUCUUUUAUGGUUGGAAGGGGAACCUGUGCGAGCGUUCCCUGGCGUCGUGUGCGUCCGUCUUCGUCCUCCUCCCGUGUGCGGCGCUGGCCGUGUACUUCCUGCUGCUGCAGACCUUCGUGCUGAGACUGGAGUUCAUCCUCAGCGCCGUCCUGCUCUGCUUCUACGGCUUCGAGCUGCUGCUGGGACUCCUGUCCAUAUCGUCCUUCUCCAGAGCUAAAGUUUACUGAAGACAGAGGACAUCACAGAGGACGAGGGACUGUCUGCUGUUUGUUCUGUUCAUGUAAAUAAAGUUUUUUUUGUAAAUACAAAAACAAGUUGUAAUAAAACAUUUUUAUAAAGAUUCA